AAAAUAUCUUUGGGAUUAUAGAGUAAAUAGUGGAUAUUAUCCGCAAAACCUAAUUUUUUAACACUACAAUCUGUCAAGUUUUUCUCUCUGAAUUAGAUCACUAUUAAUACAAGUAGAACCACGAGAUGUCCUAAGGACCACCAUAAUAAUCAAGCGUAGCAUAUAUUGAUAUUUAAAUAUUUGCGAAAAUCUACGCAAAGUAAUUAUUUAGUUUGGCGACGGUAUUUCAACAGUAAGGACCAACUUACGAUCAUAUUGAUCAUGUGCCCAGAAAAUUUCUUUACAACAAUGAUUUGUUUUAUGUCAACAUACGACAAUAAUUUGAAUAAUAUACAGAUCAAUUCAAAACCUUUGGACAUGAAUGCGGAACUAAGCUGUACAGCUGAGGCGCAGAGUUUCAAUAAAAAAGUUUCCGAAUUGGUAGAUCUGGCGGAGCAAAAUGAUAACUUUUGUGAAGGGAUAGUAAAUGAUAUUGAUGAGUUAAAAGUGUUGCUUGGUGUAAACCCAAACUUAGUAAAGGGACGCAGUAAACGGGAGACUGUUGACACAAUUGACAUAUUGACCCAUUCACAUUUUACCUGUAAAAUCCCAGCCAUUGGUAUAAAAAACAACAACGCUAAAGUGUUACCAAUCACAGUGCAAUGUGAGAGUAAUCAAUAUGGAGAUGGCUGGAUACUCUUUGCCACUUUAGAUGCAGAUCAUCGCAAUUUAAAUGAAAAGAGUACAAAUGAAUUUAUAAAUGGCUUUGGUGGUUUCACGAAUAGUGAGAAAGUGAGGGAGUACUUCCUCGGCCUAAAGCGUUUGCAUGAAAUAACUAUAGAAAGUGGAGAGCAUGAAUUGUUGAUUUUGAUACACAAUGUCGAUCAUUGGAAAAAAACGCACACACAUUACAUGCGUUACAAAAGAUUCAGCGUGGCUGGUGCAGAUAAUGACUACAGGUUGGAAGUACUUGGUGGAUACGAUGGUGACAUUAAUGACACACUUCAAGCGUUCUUAGGAGAGCCAUUUUUACGCACUAUGUUGAGUAUGGAACGGAGGGGCGCUGUAACAAUGUUUGUGAGAAGUGUGAACGCAAAAUGGAAUUAAUUUGAUCGCAGAGUGUACCAUCAACAUUUCGUGAGUUACAGAUUGAGGAGAGUGCAAUAAAUAAACCAAACAUACACUUCAAGAUUUAAAUUUAAAAUUCCACCCAGUGUAAACAAUUUAUUUAUUUCAGGUAUAUUUUUUGACUACAAAAACGUGCAAUAACUUUUGGUUACAAAUAAUAAUUAAAAGUUAAUUAUAAUGGCAAUGAUGUUUUAAUAAUAAUUGCUGACAUUUCGUA